AUGUACAGCAGCUUUGCAUAUUGGGAAGGGGAGCAGAUCAGUGCCCGGUGCCACUACACUUCUGCUUCUGUCGACAAUGUCAUAUUCAAUCUCAAUGACGAUGUCUUCAUCAAGGCUGGUCCCGAUGAAGAGAGUUACAUUGGCCGUAUUACAGAGUUUUUUCAAGGUAGAGAUGACAGAUCAUACUUCACAUGCCGUUGGUUUUUCCUUGCGGCGGAUACGGUCAUCUCACCGAAGCUGCUUAAGGUCCAUGAUCAUCAACAUAAUGAUAGGCGUGUUUUCCUUUCAGAGGAAAAGAAUGACAACAUUAUUGAGUCAAUAAUUUGUAAACUGAACAUAAUUUAUGUUGCCCCAAAUGAGAUACCACAGGCAAAAGAUCGGUUAAUAUCAAAUUCUGAUUACUAUUAUGAUAUGUCUUACUCGGUGGCAUGUUCCACAUUUGCAAAUUUGCCAGCAGAAAAUGAUGAUGCAGAAGACAGUGAUGCAACUUCAAAUAUAUCUUGUGAAGAGGGGAAACCAGUGGCUGAUCUUGUGACAUACAGUCUGCUCGAUCUAUAUUCAGGGUGUGGGGCUAUGUCAACAGGGCUCUGCCUUGGUGCAGAAUUGGCUGGCAUAAAACUAGAAACUAAAUGGGCUGUGGACAUGAACUCACAUGCUUGUGAGAGCCUAAAGCAUAACCACCCUUCAACACAGGUACGAAAUGAGAAGGCUGAAGAUUUCCUAUCCCUCCUUCAACAGUGGAAUGCACUCUGUAAGAAAUAUGUCAUCCACGGCAGCAAUUCUUUGGGCUCUGAUCUAGCUCAGGCAUCAAACGAUGAUGGAAAUGAUGAAAACGAAUCUCUACCAAAGGAUGUAUUUGAGGUAGAGAGGCUUGUUGAUAUAUGCUAUGGCGAUCCAAAUAAGACUGGAAAAAAUGGCUUAUGGUUUAAGGUUCGGUGGAAAAAAUAUGAUGCUAGUCAAGAUACAUGGGAGCCAAUUGAUGGUCUGAGCUAUUCCUAUGAGUGCAUUAAAGAAUUUGUUCAGAGUGGAUAUAGGGAUUCCAUUCUGCCUUUGCCUGGCUCUGUGGAUCUUAUUUGUGGGGGUCCUCCCUGCCAAGGCGUUAGUGGAUUCAACAGAUUCAGAAAGCCUGAUGAUCCGCUGACGGAUGAAAAGAACAAGCAAUUGGUUGUCUUUAUGGAUAUUGUGAAAUAUCUGCGACCUAAAUAUGUUCUUAUGGAGAACGUUGUAGACAUCUUGAAAUUUGCAGAUGGGUUCCUCGGCCACUAUGCAUUGAGUCGCCUUGUCUCUAUGAACUACCAGGCCAGGCUUGGGAUGAUGGUUGCGGGUUGUUAUGGGCUGCCGCAGUUUAGGAUGAGGGCAUUUAUCUGGGGAGCUCUUCCUUCCAUGGUUCUUCCGAAAUUCCCACUUCCCACCCAUGAUGUUAUUAAGCGAGGACUAGUGCCAAAUGCAUUUUUGCGGUGUCUCGUUGCUUAUGAGGAAACAGCAAAUAAAUACUUGAAAAAGGCUCUUGUCCUCGAAGAUGCAAUAUCUGAUUUACAGGAGGUUCAAAACAAUCAGCCUAAUGAUGUCAUGGAGUAUGGCAGUGACCCCAAAACAGAGUUCCAACGCUAUAUCCGGCUUAGCAGUAAAGGUGUGACCAGGGAGUUAAUUUAUUCCCCCAUUGUGUACCUGUCUAUUCCUUCAAGUUCAGAUACUGAGAUGGAUGAUUCUGAAUAA